AUGCCGAAGCAGCUCGGAUGCAAAGUGAUCUCCGACGAGGAUGGCGAGGUCGCGGAGCUCCCGGGCCCCGGGUCCCGGCCAGGUGGGCAUCAAAACUCAGCCGGUGCUCUUCAAAUCGCUGGGCUUGGUACCGUGAACGAAGUUCCGGCCGGAAGCUGCUUCGGUGAGCGGACGCUGAUCGGCAUCGCCAAAGAGGCGAAUGCUACAGUCCGGGUGUUCACUCCCUUCGCGCUUGUCCUGGCGAUUGCCAGGCGGUCUCUGCACCUUGGCCCCUCAAGAAGCACCCUGUUGAGACGGAGCACUUUGACUCCCCACAGGGUGGCCGCAUCUCGGGCAGCAAGGUGCGGCGCGGGAGCAAAGCCAAAGCUGCGAAGGAGAUCAGUAUCUCAUUCAGCGAGGUCCGCUAGCCGAUCGCUUUCGCACGGGCAGACGGUGGUGGUGGAGGGUUGCGUCGAGCAGGAUCCUUGCAUGUUUGUGCUCUCAGGCGGCAUCGUCGUUGCUGAGCGCGACGGCUGCGCCAUCGCCCGCAUCUCGCCUGGGGCGACCUUUGGGGAGCUGCGACGCGUGUGCCGUUCCCAGGAGCGUGCUGUCACCAUCCGAGCCGCAGACUGCAUCAGCACUCCGUCGGCCUGUGACCAUGCAGAGCGGUUGGGCCCAAGUGCUUGGGCAGCAGUUCUACUCUACACUCUACACUGCUAUCCUACACAUCAGCUCUUGCGUAGAAGGCCCAACCACGGAUUGCGUUGUAUAGUGUAUCCUCCCUGCCGGGAGGAGAGGUACAACCCCUGUCACUAUGAAUUCAAACCAGUGCUCAUGCCUGUUGAGAACUGUCCGCACGCUGUUCCGCUCGCCGGUUCGCCACCUGGCGCCCCGUGGGACAGAGAUCUGUGA